AAUCCAUCAAUGGUUAAAACUGGAUUGGUUUAGUUUAUUGAAAAACCGUUUUUACGCUCACUCUCUCAUCUUCUGUCUAUUUCUCUUUCUUUGGUUUUGUUUCCUCUUUUUAUAUUAUUUCUUCUCUCUUUCUCUCUCACUUCAUUUUUUUCUUUUUUUUCUUCUUCUCGCCUGUGUGUCUCUCUCUCUCUCUCUCUCACUCAUUCCCUCUCUUUUUUUUCUAGUUUCACCAUGAAUUACUGUUAAAUUCUGGCGCUUCUGGAUUCCACUCUCUUACACACUCAACACACCACACACACUCAUCAUAAUAACUGUCAUCAACUAAAAAAAACUACCAAGGUAAACACAUUUAAUUUAAUAUUGUGAAUAUUUUUUAUUUUAUAUUUAUAUUUGUACAUCAAAAGUGAGAAAACAAAAUACUAACAUGAGAGUUGUUGGACUAAUAAGUGGUGGUAAAGAUUCAUGCUACAAUUUAAUGCAAUGUGUUAAAAAUGGUCAUACUCUGGUUGGCCUUCUUAAUUUACACCCUCCAGCUAAUCAACAAGGGCCUGCUGAUGAAUUAGAUUCAUACAUGUACCAGACUGUAGGCCAUCAAGCAAUAGAGUUUUACUCAAAAGCCAUUGAUCUGCCCUUGUUUCGACAUCCAAUCUUAGGUAAACCAAUAAACCGAGGCCCUGAUUAUCCUGUUGAAGAAAGUGGUGAUGAAGUUGAAGAUCUUUUCAUAGCUUUAAGCAACCUAAAGCGUAAACUUGAAUUUGAUGCAAUCUCGGUUGGUGCUAUUCUAUCCACUUAUCAAAAAGUUCGAGCUGAAAAUGUCUGUAAAAGACUUGAUAUUACUCUACUCUGUUACCUAUGGGAAAGAAAUCAGAAAGAGUUAUUACAAGAGAUGAUCCAGGAAGGAAUUCACGCUGUCAUCAUUAAAACAGCAUCUAUGGGAUUGGAGCCGUACAAGCAUCUUGGUUUAACAUUACAACAAAUGUUUCCAAUUCUGGUCAACCUUAAUGCCAAAUAUGGAAUGAAUAUUUGUGGUGAAGGUGGUGAAUAUGAGACACUUACUCUCGAUUGUCCAUUAUUUAAAAGUCGCCUCAUCCUCGAACAAAGUCAAAUUGUCAUACAUUCCGAUGAUGCUUUUGCUCCUGUUGGUUAUUUGAAGCCAACUCGUAUCACAUUAGAAGCUAAGAGUUUCUGAUUUUAAUCUAUCUCUCAUUUCGUGUCUCUUUUUUACUCAACUUUUGUUAAAACAAAAGAAAACGUUGUAAACGUAAUUAUAUCGUAAAAGUCAAUCAUUAACAUCAAAAAAAACUUUUUUUUACCCAGUAACUGGUUUUAAUCAAGUUGAAA